AUGGGUGGCAUUACAUGUCUUCUCCUUUUGCUGUGGGCCGGUGUUACAGUGAGCACAGGGCUGGAUCUGCAGAAGAGAAUCAUCGGAGGUCAACCGUGUGGACCAGCUGAGCGUCAGUACCAUGUGAUAUUAACAGAUCAAAAUGGAAAGUUCACGUGUGGUGGAUCUCUGAUUAGUAACCAGUGGAUUCUGACUGCAGCUCACUGCUGGAAGGGUGCCAAUGGAGUAGUUGUAGGUUGGCAUGCUGUUAAAAAUAGUCAACAAUGGAAAAUUGUUGACGAACCUGUGAUCUAUUAUGACAACAUGGACAUCCAACACGACAUCAUGCUGCUGAAACUACCCACACCUACUUUGAUUGCACCUGUACCACUUCCUCGCUGUGGAAUUCAUCCGAGUCCAGGUACGAUGGUUCAGAUUGCAGGUCACGCAGACAAUACUGGAAAACCUGGCGAUAAACAUAAAAAUGGUGAAACACCUGACCUCCAAUGUGCUGAAAUCCCGGUUGCCGCCUGUCUAUGGGGC